AUGUACCUGCAUCAAGGAGAGGGAGUGCCUUCCUCAAGGAAAGGGGUCUGCGCUAACCAUGUCAGAGAUGUUGAAAAGUUUUUCAGGGGAGCCCAUGUAACCAUCAAUGCAAGAUCUUCAGAUGAUGUUGAAGAAAGUAUUGUACUUGACAAAGUUAAAAAGGCUUCAGGUGCAAACUACAGUUUCCACAAAGAGAAGGCAAAACCUGCAGAACCCAUUGCCCCAGUGGGUUCUGUAUAUCAGAAAGUGAAGAUUCAAAAGGAAAUUGACGUUCAGCAACGAGAUCAGUUCUGGUCCCAGUCUGAGGAAAACGAGAAGAGAAGAAAAGAGCAAGAACGA